AGACGCCGGGAGUAAUGUACGGGGCAGUCGAAGCUGGAACAGUACCUGAGCGGAGCACCAUGCCAUCAGCGAGAUGGCAAAGGAUGUUCGCUGGCGUUCUUGCAUGUAUGGCUGCUGCAAUCUUGGCUUUGACAGUUGUCAGUUUCAACGAGAAGGAUGUUCUGCUGCAGAAGUCAUUGCAAAACGAAAUUCAAAGGGAUCUCUCCCUUCUGAAGAAACAGCAGGAAAUUGUGGACAGAACUGAAAAUAUUCUAGUUUCUGCUUAUAAGGCCAAGUCUUUGAAUGCUCGCAAGGCAGGAAAAUCCAAACAGCUUCAACGCUUGGAUUGGUACCCGACUGAUGAGUCCCAGCAUCGACCAGCUGCUGUACCGUGGCAGGAGGGCAUGCCUGGACAGCGGAGCUACAGCGUUGAACGAUACGUGAACACUAAUGGCCCACAAGACCUCGCAAAGGUUGAUGGCGACAAGAUUGCAGAUUGGAACGAGUUUUUUAACAACAUGAACGUUGAAGUUGACGCUCCGAGGUGGGACAAGACUGGAAUGGUUGUUGAUAACAUUGAGGCUAUUCCCGCAUGCUCAGUGGACUGUGACAAAGAAGGAACUGACGACGAUAAAGACUUCGAAUUCUACAGCGACUUGAACGCCAUCAACGGACGUGGACACAUCGUGGACAAUCUUGAUAACAUCGACGCUUGUGAUGUUGACUGUUGAUCAUGAUAGCGCUGUAUGUAUUUUGGAUAUUCAUUGGCUUGAACAAACUUGCUGAAUUUUG